GACACUAGGGUUUUGUUUCGCUUCCAUUUCAAUGGAGAGCUCCUCGAGAAAGCACCAUGUCCGCUGCAUUGUGAAACUUGGAGGCGCAGCUAUUACUUUCAAGGACAAACUCGAAGCUUUGAACCGCGAGAGUUUGUCUAGGACUAGCUUGCAGCUCCACGAAGCCAUGGGAGGUGGCGUGUCUUUCAACAUGGAUUGGAGCAAAAAUCUAGAAGUGCCAGAUCCCAUUGACAUGGAGCUCCAUCAGAAGCAUGCCUUCGUUGUGGUCCAUGGUGCAGGUUCUUUCGGGCACUUCCAAGCCAGCAUUUCUGGUGUCAAUAAGGGAGGCUUGGACAACUCGCUGCUCGUAAAUGCAGGUUUUGUCGCAACAAGAUUAUCAGUCACUAAACUCAAUCACAAAGUGAUCCGAGCGCUUGCAUCACAGGGUAUUCCUGCUGUUGGCAUGCCCCCAUUUGCUGCUGGGUGGUCAACUCAUAAGCGCAUCCUAGAUUGCGACAAUGUUUCUGGAGUAAGGGAAGUUGUCGAUGCUGGCUUUGUGCCCGUCUUGCACGGUGAUGCUGUGCGCGAUAGCCAUCAGGGCUGCUGCAUUCUGAGUGGAGAUGUUAUCGUCCGCCGCCUUGCGGAGGAACUACAGCCUAGCUAUGUCGUCUUUCUUACAAACGUUCCUGGGGUUUUUGAUCGUCCACCGUCAGAAGAAAAUGCAGUUUUACUGCAAGAGAUUGUUGUCUACGAGGAUGGGACUUGGAGCAUUGCAAGACCACGACUUGAGGCCCCAGUGAAAACCGAGAUGGCCUCUCAUGAUACCACUGGAGGAAUGGCUACAAAGAUCGCUGAGGCAGCUUCCAUCUCUCGGCUGGGAAUGGAUGUCUACAUUGUGGAGGCUGGAACCGAGCACGCUCUCCAAGCUUUGAAAGGAAACAUCGAACAAAACUGGAUUGGAACAAUCGUGAGGAAAGCGAACUCUACUUAAUCUUCACUGUGAGACAAAUUCGAAACUUACACUGGAUUUUUAGCUCGAAGUAAGUUCUCUAGCCUGGCGCUUACCAAAGUGGAAGGAAAAAACUUCGCUUGGACUCGUAAGUUUCGUGGUAGAUAAGAAAUUUUCAAUGCCAAGCCAACAACAAACUAUCAAAGCAUUGGAAUGUGGUCAAUUUGAGGAUACGCUACAUGGCUGGGACGACGUAAAUGGGAGAAAUAUUCCUAUCGUAAGUCCACGAUGUUUCGUGCGGCACACGAAGAUCCCAUGGAAUUUUUAACGCCUCCAAAACAAUGUGUGGAGAGGCAUUA